AUGUGCCAGGCAGAGCUGUCACCUGUAGCAGGAGAACCUUGCUUUUGCAAGGAGAUGACUUCUCCUGCACUUCACCCAACUCAGUUGGGUACAAAGGCUUUGUGUGAUGCCUCCCAGUUGUGCAGGGAGCCAAAUCCAAGCCAAACUUACGUGGCAAAACCUGCCACAUCAUCAUUUAUGCCCCGGCUCCUCCACCCGGGCCUCAAAGCAUUACUCCUCCCAUUCUAUGUGAUGGGAAGGCAUCAGAAGCAACCAAACGAUUGCUCCUGCUCAUACAGGGAGCUGUUUGGAGCUCCAGAAAAUGUGGAAAAAUCGUCCACAUCUUCAGAUUCAUCUCGCGUCACCCAUGCGACAUCCAGCUUGCAAUAUUGCAGCAAGCCGGUUCACUCCCAAGUCUAUUUGACUGGGAGUUACACAAAACCAUCAAACGAUCACUCCCACUGGCACAGGGAGCCGUUUUUGAUUCCAAAAAAUGUGGGAAAAUCUUCCACAUCUCCAGCAUCGUCUCGCAUUAACCGCGAGACGUCCAGAUUGCAAUAUAGCAGCAAUCUGGUUCACUCCCCAGUCUAUACAACUGGGAGUUGUCAUGAACAACCAAAUGACCAUUCCUGCCUGCGCAGGGAGCCGUUUGGAGUUCCAAAAAAUGUGGAAAAAUCGUCUACAUCUACGGAAUCGUCUCGCGUCAGCUGCGAAACGUCCAGCUUGCGAUAUAGCAGCAAGCCGGCUCACUCCCCAGUCUAUGCAACUGGUAGUUGUACAAAUCGAUCAAACAACAGCUCCUGCCAGCACAGGGAGCCGUUAGUGAUCGCAAAAAAUGUGGAAAAAACUUCCACAGUGUCUACAUCGUCUCAUAUUAACUGUGAGACGUCCAGCUCGCAAAAUCGCAGCAUGCUGGUUCAAUCCCCAGUCUAUGUGACUGGGAAUUGUGCAAAACAAUCAAACAACAACUCCUGCUCGCGCAGGGAGCCGUUUUUGAUUGCAAAAAAUGUGGAAAAAAUCUCCACAUCGUCGUUACCAUCUCGCAGCCAUAGUGAGACGUCCAGCUCGCCGCCUAGGCGCGAGCCAGUUCAAACCCCAGUCUACAAGACUGGGAAUCAUCCAACACACUCAUGGAAUGACCCCCGCUUGCGCAGGGAGCCAGUCCUGAGUGAAAGAAAUGUGGAAAAAAUCUCCACAUUGCAGUCAUCGUCUCACAACUGCAGUGAGACUAGCACUUCAUCCAGGAAUGAGCGCAUCCACUCUAACGUGGACAAAGAGUCCAUGUCACCUGCAUCAAUUUUGCCUCUAUCCAAGGCACUUCUGGACUUUGUCCAGUUCCCACCUGAAUGGAGGGUGGGGAGUACAGAACAGAUAAUCGCCAGACUAGAAGUCUGGGAAUCGAUAAGGAAGACCAAGGCACACAGUCAGUGCCUUGGGAACCCCAGAUCUGGGGGACAACCAUCGUCACAUGGACUUAACAUGCACGAUAUUUCUUAUCUUUCUUUGGAUAUGCAGGAGCAGAGGGGAUUCUCCCAGAAUAUGGUGGAACGGCACCACAUCAGGCCACAGGAUGACCACCUGCACUCAGGGCCAGGUUCAUCAGGUGGUGGGAGGUGGUCUAGCCAAUUACCCUCUGGGAAAUCGCCAAGGAGACUCUCCCAGAAUUUGGUGGAACGGCACCACAUCGGGCCACAGGAUGACCACCCGCAUUUAGGGCCAGGUUCAUCUGGUGGUGGGAGGUGGUCUUGCCAAUUACCCUCUGGGAAGUCACUGAGGGGACCUUCCCAAAAUAUGGUGGAACGGCACCACAUCAGGCCACAAGAUAACCACCCAGAAUUGGGGCCAGGUUCAUCAGGUGGUGGGAGGUGGUCUAGCCAAUUACCCUUUGGGAAGUCACCCAUUGCCAAAGCAAUGCCAACACCAGUUUUUCCUCUGGAAAAACCUCAUGGUCUAUCCAUGAGAGACAGAGAUCACACUCUCUGUAACCUACUCUUGGGGAAAAAUCCCCGAAAUUUUUCAACUUUUUCCCUUUCAUCAUCUGAAAGGGAUACCACUAUACCGUCUACUCACUAUGGGGAAACCCAUAGUGAUCCACCUGUCCAGCCAACAGAUAAACCACCCCCAAGGGAGGUUAAAUUCAUCAUCUGA